GUGGCCUGGGCGGUGUCCAACUGGAAUCCACAGUCUGCCAGGGUGCGCUACUACCAGACCCUGCAGGCACAUCUCAAGGUGGACGUGUACGGGCGCUCCCACAAGCCGCUGCCCCAGGGGACCAUGAUGGAGACGCUGUCCCGGUACAAGUUCUACCUGGCCUUCGAGAACUCCGUGCACCCCGACUACAUCACCGAGAAGCUGUGGAGGAACGCCCUGGAGGCCUGGGCCGUGCCCGUGGUGCUGGGCCCCAGCAGGAGCAACUACGAGAAGUUCCUGCCGCCCGACGCCUUCAUCCACGUGGACGACUUCCAGAGCCCCAAGGACCUGGCCCAGUACCUGCAGGCACUGGACAAGGACCACGCCCGCUACCUGCGCUACUUUCGCUGGCGGGAGACGCUGCGGCCUGGCUUCUUCAGCUGGGCACGGUGUUUCUGCCAGGCCUGCUGGAAGCUGCAGCAGGAACCCAGGUACCAGACGGUGCGCAGCAUAGCCGCUUGGUUCACCUGAGAGGCCGGCGUGGGGCCUGGGCUGCCGGGGACCGCGCUUUCCCCGGGCCUCACUGAGCGGGACCUCACCCACCUAGGGACUCACUAGUCUGGGGAUUUACCUACCUGGGGCCUUACCAUCUACUGGGCUCACUUCCCUGGGACCUCACCUGCCUGGGGCCUCACCUGCCUGGGGCCUCGCCUGCUGGAGGCUUUGGUGGCUGACAUGACAUUUACCUGGGAUUUCACAUGCCAGCCUUCAUGGCUGCCAGGAGCCUGCCCUGUUGGGGACCUUGCCUGCUAGAGGCAGCACCUACUGAGGAUCUCACCUGUCGGGACUUGACCUGCUGGGGUCCAGCUCCCAGGGACCUUGCCAUACUGAAUCUCACCUGCUGGGAGCCUCACCUGCUGGGGACCUCACCCUGGAAGGCACUGGGCCCUGGGAACCGGCACCCUCGAAGCCUUGCCCCAGGUGAUGGUGCUGGCUGGCUGACCUGU